AAAAAGGGUACCAAGCAUUUCAAAUUUCAUAGUAGACAAAAUAUCCUUGCAUACAACUCAUUAGAAGAAAGGCAAUAUGUUCGGAGUGGACUAUAAAUUUUUGAUUAUUAUGAUUUCAUCUUGCCUUCUUACAGAUGCACAUUCACUUUUGACUGAAGAUAAUGAGGUAAAAACCAAGGAUAUAGAUAUUCUAAGACAAUUAUUGAACCAGGAAUCUUUAUUAAGAAUAACUUUGACUAAAGACGUCGAGAAACUUAAACAACACAUUUUAUCAAAACAGGAUGACAAAGUCAACAUCCCUACAACGAGAGCUCGUGUAUUGCAAGAGAGCAACUUCAUUAACGCUUCCCUAUUACAGACAAUAGUUAGGAAUGUCAGUGGUCAAACAACUGAAGAAAUAAACAACAAAAUUUCUUUACAGAUGCAACAGUUUUCACAAUUUUAUGAUAAUUUUACAAAGCUCUCCGCGAUACUCCUAAAUGGAAUUGAAAGACUUGAGAAUGUGUCUGUUAAAGAGACGCAGAAAUCUGGUGCAAUGGAUGUGAAAGAGCAAACUAAUUUACUCGAUAAAAGAUACAGAGAUUGUCAAGAGAUUCUGAAGCAGAACGUAAGUUUGAGGAACCAGAACGGUGUAUACACAAUUUAUCUAGGAUGUAACACCCCUCGGAAGGUUUUCUGUGACAUGACCACCAAUGGAGGAGGAUGGACGGUAAUACAGAGAAGAUAUGACGGAUCAACAGAUUUUAAAAGAGAAUGGAAAGAUUACAAGGAAGGAUUCGGGGAUCCCAGUAAAGAAUACUGGUUAGGAAAUGACGCAAUCCAUGAUCUUACUGCUGAUAAAAAUCAAGAACUUUGGAUAGACUUAGGGAAAUUCUCUGGUUCAAUGGUGUACGCACGAUAUUCAAGUUUCUCAGUCGGAAGUGAGAAAGACAAAUAUCAAUUGUCUAUUGCCGGAUACAGUGGAAAUGCAGGUGACAUGAUGAUAGCAGCUUAUAGUUUAAAUGGUAUGCAUUUUACGACAAAAGAUCGUGAUAACGACAAAAAUAGCGGCAACUGUGCUGUCUCUGCUCACACUGGAGGAUGGUGGUUCAAAAACUGUGCACAUUCAGACCUCAACGGUGUAUACCAGACUUCUAAUAAAAAAGACAGGAAGAGUUUGUUCUGGGGAGAAAAUAAUGAAAACAUGAAAUCUACAAAAAUGAUGAUAAGAAUAACAAUGAGUUUGUACCAGACAAAACUAAGGACCGCAGGAACAAAAGGUACCCCUAUCAUCAAUACCCUGAGUGUGGAUAGAGCUAUGAAAUCUAGGAUGCAAAACCAGGGUCAGUCAAAUCUGUUGCGAGAGAAGACAUUGUGUUACGAGCGAGAAUUUGAUCAGAGCAGACGAGCAUCUUUGAGAGAAGAGAAAGAACUGAAAAGAACCUCGUGUGAACGUGGAAAUGUUCCAAAUAAUACUGAAGAGUGGCUGCAGAAGAAUAGUACUAAAUAUGACGAAUGGAAAAAGCGGGAAAGAAAACGGCUGGAACACAUGUUUCCCCAUAGAACAGAAUAUCGAUACAUACAACGACAAAAGAAAAUAGACAAAAUGAUCACACUGGAUUAUAAACUUUUGAUUAUUAUGAUUUCAUUUUGCUUUCUUACAAAUGCACAUUCUGCAUUGACUGAAAAUAAUGGGGUAAAAAUGAAGGACAUCGAUAUCGUGAGACAGUUAUUAAACCAGGAGUCUUUACUCAGAAUAGCUUUGACCAAAGACGUCGAAAAACUCAAACAGCGCCUUUUUAUAACACAGGACAAAAUAGAAGAUAAAGGGCGUGCUCUUUUGGAGGGUCGUCCAGCACUAGGAGAGAGAAACUCUUCAUUGUUACAGACGCUUGUAGAAAAAGUCGAGGAGAUGAGCAACGAAAUGAGUCUACAAAGAGAACAGUUGGAACAGCUAUCUGAUAAUAUUACAAUGAACUUGGCAAUGGUCUCUAAAGGUUUUGAAAAACUUGAAAAUAUUUCUGUUGACACCAAGAAGAAAUCUGAUGCUAUGGAUAUGAGAGUAAAAACAGAUUUACUCGAUAAAAGAUACAGAGAUUGUCAGGAGAUUCUGAAGCAGAACAAUAGCUUAAGGAACCAGAACGGUGUAUACACAAUUUAUCUGGGAUGUAACACUCCACGGAAGGUUUUCUGUGACAUGACCACCAACGGAGGGGGGUGGACGGUAAUACAGAGAAGAUAUGAUGGAUCAACAGAUUUUAAAAGAGAAUGGAAAGAUUACAAGGAAGGAUUUGGGGAUCCCAGUAAAGAGUACUGGUUAGGAAAUGACGCAAUCCACGAUCUUACUGCUGACAGAAAUCAAGAACUUUGGAUAGACUUGGAAAAAUUCUCUGGUUCAAUGGUGUAUGCACGAUAUUCAAAUUUCUCAGUCGGAAGUGAAAAUGACAAAUACCAACUGUCAGUUGUAGGAUACAGUGGGAGCGCAGGUGACUUGAUAACUAAAGCUCAUAAUUUGAAUGGUUCGUAUUUUACGACAAAGGAUCGUGAUAAUGACAAAAGAUCUUUGACCAACUGUGCUGUCAGUCCUCACUCUGGGGGAUGGUGGUUCAACAAUUGCGCAUACUCAGAUCUCAAUGGUGUAUACCAGACUUCUAAUAAACGAGACAGGAAGAGUUUGUUCUGGGGAGAAAAUGGUGAAAACAUGAAAUCUACUAAAAUGAUGAUAAGAUCAAAAUAAGAAAAAGGUUCGAACUAAUUGUACCGUGAUUUGUUUAAAUAUUGUCAUACAUAGAAUUUUGCAAAUUUUUAUAUCAAAUCUGUUUUAUUCAAAUAUUUACCAAAUAGAAAAA